GCGUGGCGAGUGCUGGAGCUGAAAAGAGGCAGAGACGGUCUUGCAGGACCCAAUGACUUUGGUCUUGAAGAGGGGCAGGACGACGAUGGCGAGCGAUGGGGUGGGGAGAAGGUGCUGAGGGUAAUGAAGGAGAUGGGUGCAGUCGACGUCUUUGUCGUGGUCAGCCGCUGGUAUGGAGGUACCAACCUCGGCCCGGUCAGAUUUGACCAUAUCGCGCUGUGUGCGAGAGAGGCCAUCAGGGCGUAUAUGCUCGAGGAGACGCUCGUGCCCUUGCGCAAAGAUCUACAGGCUCUCGACGCCAACAUUGCUGCUCUGCGG